GCUAAGCCAUUUCUCACGCUCGACGGAGCCCAAGAACGGACGGUCUGGAUCAGCACACUCAGACACGUGGACAUCGGAGAUGGGGAAGCAAAGGAAGGCACUUAGGAGCGAACAAGACGGUAGUUAUGUAUCGUUUUAGUUAGAAGAAGGAAGAAUGCAAGAGAGGGAAAUUCGUUGCAGAGAAUAUCGUCGAACGGCUCAGAGACAUUAUAAGGUGGUACUCAGCGAAUGUUUCUCUUACUGGAAGUCACAAAUAACUGUUGUAUUUUUAUUUUUGUGACAAAAUUGGUCAGUUGUAACAUCUGAAACAUCAUGAGUGGUGCUCCCAAAAGAUUACACGAGGAGGGAAACCAUCCUACAACCUCAAAACGCCCACUUGAUGACAUUCCCAUAUUUUCACAACUUGCUGGGAAAUUCACUCACUCAGUUGCUAAUGAAUACCAUCAACCCUUUGAACAUGGGCAUGAUGGACGCUUUGCCAAAGUCCAAAGGACCGAACCUCGUGAUGGUGAUAAACGAUCACCUCUGCUUCCUCUUUAUCGAAUGCCUUCAUCUUCUGAUUCAUAUUUAGACCAGUCAGUUGCCUCCGAGAACAGGGCAGAAUUGAGAGAAUCCAAGGGCAAUAGAGGUGCAAAGAUUGAGAAUAGAGACAUGAAGGCAGAGACGGGGGAACUGUACACUGAAACAAGGAUGGAUUCUCAAGCUUCUAAAGGUGAGAAAGAUGUAAUGAGAUCAGAGAAUAGGGGUGAUGACAUAGAACUAAAAUCUGAUAGGGAGUCUAACACAGAUUUUAAGGGUGAAACUAAGAUCGAAAAGGAUGGUUUCACUGCAGGGAAUUCUCACAUGAAUGGGAAUGAGCUAAAAGAACACUACAGAGGAAAAAGAUAUUCUGAAUCACCGAGUGAUGGUGCAGAUCCAUGGAGAUUACGUAAUAAUUUACACAGUUCGAAUGAAAUUGGAAGGGAAGCUUUCGCCACUGAAGAGCAGGCAUAUUUAGAGGCACAUGAGGCUGUUGGAGAAAACAAGGUCGACUUGAAAAGUGAAGACAAAUUCAAAGAGAAGGAAAGAAAAAAGAAGGAUGAGAAACAUAGGGAUUGGGGAGAGAGGGAGAAGGAUCGAAAUGAUCGGCGAAACAAUCUGCAGAUUGCGAACAGAGAACCAGAGGGAUGGGAGAGGGAGAGAAAGGAUGCUCUGAAAGACAAGGAACGACUGAAGGAGAGGGAAAAGGAUCAUGUUAAGAGAGAAACGUCAAACAUAAAUGAGAACGAGAGUUUGCACAAUGAGAAGGAACUAGUGGAUGGAUCAGCCAAAAUUUCUGAGAAGGAAAGUCCAGCACUAGAACAGAAGAAAUUUAAAGAAUUUGAUAGCUUGAAAGCUAUUGACAGGGAUGCUAAACACAGGAAAACAGAGAAGGAUCUAGAUGUUGAAGGUGACCAACGUGAAAAGCAUGUCAGAUGUUACGACAAGGAAUCGGAUGAUGGAUGCAUGGAAGCAGAUGGAACUGCAGAAAGGGAUAGAGAAGUUUUUGGGUAUGGGGUUCAGCAGCGUAGGCGGAUGCUACGACCAAGGGGCACUACUCAAGUGGCUAACCGGGAGCCACGUUUUCAAUCUUGCGCACGGGAUGGUGAAGGAUCUCAAGGAAAACCUGAAGUCUCCACUGUUGUUUAUAAGGCGGGUGAAUGCAUGCAGGAGCUGAUAAAAUUGUGGAAGGAAUUUGAAGCAUCUGAAGAUAACAAAAAUGGUUACAGCUCUCACAAUGGUCCAACUUUGGAAAUCAGGAUACCUGCUGAAUAUGUUACUGCCACAAAUCGUCAAGUCAGAGGCGGCCAGCUGUGGGGAACGAAUAUAUAUACAAAUGAUUCAGAUCUUGUUGCUGUUCUCAUGCACACUGGCUAUUGCCGCCCAACGGCAUCCCCGCCUCUGCCUGCCAUCCAUGAGUUGCGUGCGAUCAUUCGAGUGCUAUCACCACAAGAUUGCUACACUUCAACAUUGAGAAAUAAUGUCCGUUCCCGUGCUUGGGGAGCUGCAAUUGGCUGUAGUUAUCGUGUUGAACGGUGCUGCAUGGUGAAGAAAGGAGGUGGCACUAUUGAUCUCGAGCCUUGUCUUGCACAUACAUCAGCAGUGGAGCCCACUCUAGCUCCAGUGCCUGUUGAACGCACAAUAACUACAAGAGCUGCUGCUACGAACGCAUUGCUGCAGCAGAAAUUUGUACGUGAAGUCACCAUACAAUAUAACCUAUGCAAUGAACCAUGGGUUAAAUAUAGCAUAAGCACAGUUGCUGAUAAGGGACUGAAGAAGCCCCUUUACACGUCUGCUCGCUUGAAGAAGGGGGAAGUUCUGUACUUAGAAACACAUUCAAAUAGGUAUGAGCUCUGUUUUAAUGGAGAGAAGGCUGUCAGCAACGGCACAAUGGCUCAGGCAGCAGAAUUAGAGUCAGAAAAGCUUCAAAAUCAUAAUUCACAUGCUACCCAAUUAAGUGAUAGAAAUCAAGCAGAUCGCGAGAACACCAUCGAUGUUUUCCGAUGGUCCCGUUGUAAGAAGCCCCUUCCCCAUAAAGUCAUGCAUUCCAUCGGAAUCCCAUUCCCCAUCGAACAUUUAGAGGUAUUGGAGGAGAAUCUUGACUGGGAAGAUGUCCGGUGGUCGCAAACGGGUGUUUGUAUUGCCGGAAAAGAGUAUACGCUGGCACGGGUUCAUUUUCUCUCUCCAAGUUAGGGGUCUUUGGCUGGUGUGAAUUGGUGUGAAACACAAAAAGUGAAGUGGUUUGGGAGGUGUGAAUUGGUGUGAAAUGGAAUUCAUUUCCAACAAAAUACACACUUUUGAAAUCUCUCCAUGAAGCUGUGAUUUCAAUCCCAAUUACCACCGAAUCCUCCAAAGGUCCAAAAUCUGACCAUUGGAAAGGAUGCUUUUAAAACAGCUACACACGCACCCAUGUUAGGAUCAUGGCCCUGGUGGGCUUGGGUGGCCCCCACCAUUUUUAAAUAUGAAAUCCACUCCAACCACCAGGUCCAUCACCCCAUGGCCCAAAAUUCAGCACAUUCCAUGCUUCAGGUGGGCCAUACCAAGGGAACAAAUGGGAGAGGGACACCUACCCUUGAUUUUUACAUUGGCCACUAUGAUGUUUACGUGAAAUCCACUACAACCAUUAGAUACAUCAUCCGAAGCUAGGUCUUGGGUUAAAAAAUUAAGUUGACAUGUUAUUACGAUGGGCCACACCAAAGGAAAUAGUUGAGAGAGAGAUGUCAACCUUGAUUUUUUCAGGGUCCACCCUGAUGAUUAUAUGAAAUCCAUUCCAGCCAUUAGAUGCCACACUAAAUUUUGGUCUCAGGCCCAUCCGUGAUUCAAGCGGGCCACACAAAUGGAAAUAGUUUGGGGGAUAAGCGUUGCCCCAUAUAAUGUUUCCAAUCGUGUGGUCUACUUAAUCACGGAUGGGGCUGAUUUUUGGGCUCAUAACAUGGGGCGGCAUAUGUGGUAGUCGGGGUGGAUUUCGGAUUUCACAUAAACAAGACGGUGGGCCUGUCUAAGCAUUUUGAGCUUUCCAUGUGGUUGGUUUCCAAAGUUUUGGAUCUUGUGCUUGGAAAAUCAGGCCAUUUUACAUUGAAGAAUCAGUGGGCCCACUUUCGUAGCCCACAUAGGGCUUAGAAUUU